CGCCUCCUGGGGGGGUCGGGGGGGGGGAGGGGACUCAGCCCCCACUUGUUAGACCGCACGGGUGGGGCGUGGGGGGCCGGUCCCUGCCCCUCGCUCUCCCGCCCUGCCUUUGUCCUGGGGGCUGGGUCCCCCCCCACCCCAUGCCAGUCCGAGCCCCCCAUGGUGCUUCCCCGUCUCCUUGCCCCCAGCCUGCCACCGAGUGUGGAGCUGGUGGGGUGGGAGUGCGGUGCGGGGAUGCACGCCCACCCCGCCAGCCCCAGGACCCCCCCGCCCCGCUCUGCCCUCUUCGCGGCCCGAUGCCCACUGACCCGUCCCGUUGCCGUGUGCCCGCUCUGCAGGCAGCCCCUGAGCUGACACCAUGAUCUCCCCGAAGGAGAAGUCCAAGGCUCCCAAGGACAGCAUGACCCUCCUGCCCUGCUUCUACUUUGUGGAGCUCCCCAUCGUGGCCUCCUCCAUCGUGACCCUGUACUUCCUGGAGCUGACGGACCUCUUCAAGCCGGCCAAGGUGGGCUUCCAGUGCUACGACCGGGCCCUCUCCAUGCCCUACGUGGAGACCAAUGAGGAGAUGAUCCCUCUGCUCAUGCUGCUCAGCUUGGCGUUCGCGGCGCCGGCCGCCUCGAUCAUGGUCGGCGAGGGCAUCGUGUACUGCCUGCAGUCCAAGCUGAAGGGGCGCGGCGGGGCCGAGGGCAGCAUCAACGCUGGCGGCUGCAACUUCAACUCCUUCCUGCGCAGGACGGUCAGGUUUGUGGGCGUGCACGUGUUUGGCCUCUGCGCCACAGCCCUGGUGACCGACGUGAUCCAGCUGGCCACGGGCUACCACGCUCCCUUCUUCCUCACCGUCUGCAAGCCCAACUACACGCUGCUGGGCAUCUCCUGCGACUCCAACCCCUACAUCACCCAGGACAUCUGCUCGGGCCCCGACCAGCAUGCCAUCCUCUCUGCCAGGAAGACUUUCCCGUCUCAGCAUGCAACGCUCUCGGCCUUCGCCGCCGUCUACGUGUCGAUGUACUUCAACUCCAUCAUCUCGGACAGCACCAAGCUCCUGAAGCCCAUCCUGGUCUUUGCCUUCGCCAUUGCUGCUGGCGUCUGCGGCCUCACCCAGAUCACCCAGUACCGCAGCCACCCCAUCGACGUCUACGUGGGCUUCCUCAUCGGCUCUGGCAUUGCUGCCUACCUGGCCUAUCACGCUGUGGGCAACUUCCGCGCGCCCACGGAGAAGGCCCCGGCUCAGGUGCCGGCCAAGGACGCGCUACGGGCGCUGACGCAGCGGGGCCACGACUCGGUGUACCACCAGAACAAGUCGGUGAGCACGGACGAGCUCAACCCCCAGACCCGGCUGGACGAGGUGAACCGCCAGGUCCAGCGGGAGAAGAACUCCCUGGGCAGCCUGAAGCGGGCCAGCGUGGACGUGGACCUGCUGGCCCCCCGCAGCCCCAUGGGCAAGGAGAACAUGGUGACGUUCAGCAACACGCUGCCCCGCGUCAACACGCCCUCGCUGGACGACCCGGCGCGGCGCCACAUGACCAUCCACGUCCCCGUGGACGCCUCCCGCUCCAAGCAGCUCAUCACCGAGUGGAAGCAGAAGUCGCUGGAGGGCCGCAGCAUGACGCUGGCGGAGGAGGCCGGGAGGGCGGCCGCCGAGGCCACGGGCGGGGAGGACGACGACCACAUCCCGCCCUCGCUCUACCCCACGGUGCAGGCGCGCACGGCUGAGCGGGCCGCGAUGGGGCCGCGGGUCCUCAUCCAGCCCCGGCCGGGCGCCUCGCAGCUGGUGCACAUCCCCGAGGAGAGCCAGGGCAACGUCAACCUGUCGCCCAACAGCAGCUCGGCCGUGAGGGCCAAGUGGAUGAUGAUGGCGGAGAAGGGGGCGUCCCAGCGUGUGGCCAACCCGCCCCGCCUCAUGCAGGUCAUCGCCAUGUCCAAGCAGCAGGGCCUGGUGACGGUGACGCCCAAGCACUCGGAGACGUCCUCGUCUUCCACCAGCUCCGACUCCUCCCAGUACCGCUCCCCGUCGGAGCGGGACAGCUCCAGCAUCGUCACCAUCGACGCCCACGCCCCGCAUCACCCCGUCGUCCACCUCUCCUCCGGCAACGGGCCCUGGGAGUGGAAGGCGGCUUCCAAAGGAGCGGACGGGCCGGACGCCUACGAGCUGAACGAGAUGGGCAAGGAUUACCGCGGCUUCCGGCCCACCAAGAGCGCCGGCGUGUCCCCGGGCUCCUCCGUCAGCGACAUCGAGCAGGACGAGCCGCGCUACGGCAGCGUGGCCACCAUCAACGUGGCGGUGGGCGGCGGCGAGGAGAGCCUGCUGGGCACGGCCAGCCGGGAGUCCACGUUGCGGAGGAAGCCGGCCAGCCUGGCGGGCGGAGAGAAGGACGGGCAGGCGGACAGCGAGACGGACAACUACUACAAGAAGAUCCAAGCCAACCGGAGGUUUAAGGAGUAACCCUCCGUCCCGGCCCCCAGCCUCCCCUCCCGCCUGCCCCAGCCGCAGAGAGCGGGGAGCUUUGUAAAUACCUGCUUCCUUGGGGGUCUCGUCAUCACGCGGCCCGAGAUGCCCGUGGAGGGGCGUGGAGCAGCAUUGCGGGGCUGGGAGAGAACUGCACAUUGGUGGGAGAACGGCUCGGGGGACGGGGCUGCCCCAGGGACCCUGCCCCAAACAGCGUCCCCCUUGGGGGCUCAACUCCCCAGGGACGAGGUUAAUUUAUCCUGACUUGGCGACUGUGCCUGCGUGCGGAGAAGGGCAACGGCGAUGCCCGGAGGGCGUGCCCCCAGCCUUGCCUUGCCGCUGUUAGGCACUGGACGGAGGUGCAGCUGGGGGACCCCGGCUCUGCGAUGCCAUGCGGAUGGAGAGCAUCCGUCCGGUGGCUGAACUCUGGACCCUGUAAAUAUGGCAUUGGUUGGAGAUGGGGGUGAAGGGGGGCACCAUGGAGACCCCUGCCACACCUCUCCGAGGGGCUGGCUUGCUGCAGCAGGGGGUCCAAGGCUGGCUGUGGCCCACAGCGGCACCCCGCAGUUGCUUGCUGGCCGGGGGAGCGUGGGGGGCUGUGGCCUCAGUAACCCCCGCUGAAGGAGGCAGGAUGCAGCCAGUCGGGGUCAUUGGAAGAGGGGUUUGGGGUGGGUACCAGAGCUGUCCUGCUGGCACCAUCGAGGGGCUCGGGAUCCUAGCCCAGGACAGGGAGCAAGUGUGCAGGACAGUCCCACCCUCUGCCACGGGUGCGGCCGUGAUCUGGGCUUGGGCUUUGGGGGUCUCCCGGCUAGGCAGGGCCGGAGACAGCGGUGGGCGAAUAUGAGCAUGCAUGUGGGAGCGGGGGGGCUGUAUUGCGGGAGAAAUACCCCCUCCAGGACAGGGUGGGAGCCCGGAGGGAGGGCUCUCGAUUGGUGCUGGGGGAAGGAGGGCAUGGGAGGUUGUAACACUGGGGACCGGGAGAUGGGGAGUCUGUGCCGGAUGAUCAGGGCUGAGUUUUCUUACAUUUCACCCAGACCAGGUGCUAUAACUCGGCCUCCGGCGGUCGGCUACAGGCUCUGGGGCAACAGGGGAGGGGUGAUUAGGGGGUGCUGCUCUGAUCCUCCUUCCCAGCCAUUGCUGGGAGGCUUUGGGGGACAGGCAGGAGGUUGGGCUGUACCCCGAUCAGGUGGUCGCACCCUAAGGCCCUUGGUGCCAUGCUGGGGUGGGAGGGAGGGGGGUUUCCGCGGUCAGAAAUGCCGCGCUCUUGGCAGGGCGGGCGCCCUGCCGCCAGGAGCCCUGGGGCUCCCGGGGGAUCCAGGCAGGGCUGGGGGCUCGCCCCCCGCUUUGUAAAGGCAUCCAUCAGGCACCGCCUGAACCUGCUGGGAUUUUAAAGAAAUAAAGACCUGAAACUUU